AUGCGUGUGCUUGCGGCGGUGGUAUUAACAGCCUUCGCCGCCGCGGCAUCGUCGUGUGCGGCCGCCGGCACAAACAAGCCACUGCUGGUGGAGAACCUGCCCGCCUCCGCCGAGGCGAAGGAUUUCAUCCGCGCCGGCUGCAACGAGACCUGCAUCAGGAGGCCGGAUGCCGCCAGGGCGUGCUACGAGCUCCUGCUCCCGUACGCCGCGUCCAUCAACGGCAGCUACAACAGGGCCUCCCUCGCCAUCGCCACCGUCAUGGUGUCCAAGCUCGCGGACCUCGCCGAUGAGCUGCGCUGGUUCGGCGAGACGGGCAGCUGGCUGGAUGAGUGCAUCAGGGUGCUCGACGAGGCCGUCGCCGGGGCCAGGGUUCAGGCGCUGCCGGCGCUCGGCCGCAUGAGCGCCAUCGCCGACAACAAGCUGGACGACAAGGACCCGGACUUUCUCCUCGUCUCGAACUGGCUCCGCGGCGUCGACAACAACUUCGUCAAGUGCUAG